AUGAGUUCUUACGUCGCCAACUCCUUUUAUAAGCAAAGUCCCACCGUUCCUGCCUAUGCCAUGCAAAGUUAUGGAAAUUAUGGAAGUGUGCCCGAGGUUCCGCCGCCCAGGUACCGCUACAGCGGCUCGGAGCUGAGCAUCGCCCUCCCCUCCUCCGGGGCUGCCACCUCCCCGGGCGCGGACAUGGCUGCAGCCCCCCCAGCUAACCCCCAGCGCCCUUCCUGCACCGUCAUGGGCUCUUCGGGGCAUCCUCUGGCCAGAGAGGAGCAAGCAUCCCUAAAUCCCGGGAUUUACAGUCAGAAGAGUGCUAACACGGCGCUGGAGGAGAGAUCUAAGGGCUCGGGUGAAAUCAAAGCCGAGCCCGUGCCAACAGCACAACAAGGAGGACCACAACUGCAGCAGCACCCACCUCCACAAAUUUACCCCUGGAUGACCAAACUGCACAUGAGCCAUGAAACGGACGGUAAACGCUCCCGCACCAGCUACACCCGCUACCAAACUCUGGAACUAGAGAAAGAAUUUCAUUUUAACAGAUACCUGACCCGGCGGAGGCGCAUUGAGAUCGCCAACAACCUCUGCCUGAACGAGAGACAGAUCAAAAUCUGGUUUCAAAACCGGAGGAUGAAGUGGAAGAAAGAUUCCAAGUUGAAAAGCAAAGAGGCUCUUUAG